AGUAUGACCAAAUAGAUCCUCCCUCCUGUCCUCCCCUCUCUCUCUUCUCUCUCGCUCAUAGUAGAGCACAGCAUGCUUGUGGAAUCUUUAUGCACUAAAGCACAGUGGAAGAAGCUUGUCGCUCUCUCCAACAACACUGGACCGCUUUUCCCAUUUGCUCUCACUUUGGACUUGUUAGCGACACCUUCUCGUGAGUUGUUGUGUGAUUAGGACCUCCACGAAGAGGUUCGGAUGACACGGCGAACCCUUCUCGGGUCACAGUGACCAUCUAGGCAUGAGCAGGAUGUGAAUGUGAAAAGAACUUGAAGAGGAGAAGGAAAAACAUUCAACUUUUUCAUAUUUAAAAUCAAAAUCAUGAUCCCGCCGGCCAACUCAGCCCAGGAUGAGGGUAGCGGAGGAAAAGAGGACGAGCAAAAUGAGACUCCCAAAUCCCCGAGUAACACAUCCAAUCAGGAAACGAAGCUCCAGAAGCUCAAGCGUUCCUUGUCCUUCAAAACCAAGAGCAUUCGCAGCAAGAGCGCCGACAACUUUUUCCGAAGCAGCGGCGACAACAAAACAGAGCUCCUCUCCGACGUGAGCGGCAGCACAGGCCACAUGUACAGCAUUGGCAUGGCGCCGCCGCACACCACUGGCCCGUCUAUCCCACCCGUGCCCCCUGCCAUACCCUGCGCGCCCCCUCCAACGUCUCGCUCUCAGACACGCAACCCUCUGCAGGUGGACUCAGCCGGACACUGCUUCAUGGAGCACAUCUUCAAGAAGCCCACCUUCUGCGACGUUUGCAACCACAUGAUCGUAGGUACCACAGCAAAACACGUGGUAUUCUUGGCUGGCAACACGGCGAAGCACGGCCUGCGCUGUAAAGCCUGCAAGAUGAGCCUCCACCACAAGUGCGAGAACGGCGUCGGACAGCAGCGCUGCAUGGGGAAACUGCCAAAAGGCUUCCGGCGUUACUACAGUUCGCCGUUACUGAUCCAGGAACAGUAUGGCUGCAUCAAAGAAGUCAUGCCCAUUGCUUGUGGCAAUAAAGUGGACCCGGUCUAUGAGGCGCUCAGGUUUGGGACGUCAUUAGCUCAAAAGGCCAAGAGGGCUAGUGGCUCGGAGUCUCCGCACAGAAAUUCGACCACUGACUUGGAUAACGUUCCGGAGGAAGCGGUGCCUCAUACCAGCAGACAUGCGCUGUCAAGAAAACAAAGUGAUGAUGUUUUCACAGUUAUUGAAAAUGGCGCCGAGCACUACCACAUCCAGCCGGAAAGAACACUCCGCAACUCUGAGCUGGAAGACAGCCAGCUUCACCAAGAUGCACUCCAACUCAACACCUACGUGGCCUUGUACAAUUUUACUGCUCAAGAGAGCCAUGACCUGGAGAUGAGAGCAGGAGACCGAAUUUUGUUAGUUGAUGACUCCAAUGAAGAUUGGUGGAAGGGGGUGAUUGAGGACAGGAUCGGUUUCUUCCCGGCUUCCUUCGCUCAUCUCUUAAUGGUGGGAGACCAGGUUUUCAGGUGUAACAGGACGUUCAUCGGCUGCAGGGAGCAGGGCCAGAUUACGCUGAAGGAGGGACAGAUUUGUGUGAGCAGUGAGGACGAAAGCAACGGCUUCAUCCGGGUGGCGAGCGCCAAGAAGCGAGGCUUUGUGCCGUGUGACGUCCUGGACAUCAUCUGAGGGGGGUAAAUGCUCUCGAGAGAAUGAGAAAGAGGAGGCGGUGUCUGCGGACCGUGGAGGGCGGACAAGGUCAAAUCGACGGACCGCUUGGGAGGUGGGGGUGCUGACGUUCCUGUAGGGAAAAGUGGAAAGGAAGCCACGGUCGGUGCAAGAUAAAUGAAGAUGAGAAUACAAGUGCUGCUUUGUAUGUUUGUCUAUCACUGGAUUUCAUGUUUUAACUCAUUGACAGCGAUAGUUGUCCAAUCCAUUUGAAGUGGGAGGAUGGCAGCGAAUGAACAUUCGCUGCCAUUCUCCCACUUCAAAUGGAUUGGACAUCUACUAGUGAUAACCUCAUUCAAAUUCACACCAGAAGAAAGAAAAGAGCCGCGACUGGACAUCUAUCAUCAUCAAGAACAGUAAACAAAAACCUAUACGACUGAAAAAUUUUAUUGCGAUUUGAGAUUUAAGAGGGAAAAACCGUUAUCGAGCCCAUGCUAUUGUAAAGAAAUUCAGCACUUUUUUUCCCCAUCCCAAAAUUUUAGAUAUUUUUUUAAUUGGUUGAAAAGGUUGAAAAAAACAAAACAACUAAUUUUCCAAUAGUUUGUAUUAGUUUGAUCGCUGUUUUGAAGAAAAUUUGCCAUUUAGGGGUGAUGGUUUUUUUUGGGGGGUUCAGUGUGCAGCAGUGUUGUUUUUGGCAGCCCGUUUCUGGGCUUCCCUGCUGCAACUGCUGACCUCACGACUCAACCUCAGAUAGGCUGAAAACAAUAGAAUGGAUGGGGGAAAAAAAACAAUUUCAAAAUGAAAAGGUUAAAAUCCUCAAAUGACUAUUUGAUGUUUGGUAGUUCCAAUAAGGAGCAGAUGUAUUUGCACCCCAUGUGAUUUUGCAAGUUCACCUAAUUAGAAAAUAGGUAGAGGUAUGAAAUUUCAAUCAUACAGUGCACUCCUUAAUUAUUGGCACCCCUGGAAAAGAUGUGUUUUUUAGCUUCUAAUAUUUUUUUAUUCAAAUAAUAUGGGACCUUAAUGGAAAAAAAGAGAAAAAUCCAACCUUCAAUCAGCUCAAUCUUGGUCUCACACAAAAAUACACACGGUCCCAGGCUUCAACUGGGACCGUGUGCUUUGGUCAGAUGAGACCAAGAUUGAGCUUUUUGGCAACAAACACUCUAAGUGGGUCUGGCGUGCCACGAAAGAUGCUCAUGCUGAAAAGCACCUCAUACCCACUGUGAAGUAUGCGGGUGGGUCAGUGAUGCUGUGGGGCUGUUUCGCUUCCAAAGGCCCUGGGAACCUAGUUAGGGUGCAUGGCAUCAUGAAUGCUUUGAAAUACCAGGACAUUUUUAAUCAAAAUCUGUUGCCCCCUGCCCGAAAGCUGAAGAUGGGUCGUCACUGGGUCUUUAAGCAAGACAAUGACCCUAAACAUAUGGCCAUAUCUACACAGAAAUGGUUCACCAGACACAAAAUCAAGCUCCUUCCAUGGCCAUCUCAGUCCCCAGACCUUGUUUUGUUGGCAAAAGGGGGUUGUACAAAGUAUUAGCACCAGGGGUGCUAAUAAUUGUGACACACAUUAUUUGAUGUCAAAUUUUUUUUUUUUUAUGUGGGAUUUUUUCCCCAUUGAAUGAAUGCACUUGUAUUGCAGGUUGGAUUUUUCUCUCUUUUUUCCAUUUAGGUCCCAUAUUAUUUGAAUUUAAAAAAAUAU